CUUCGUGGCCAGAACUUUAGCCUCCUCUUCGUCGGCUCCACGCCUCCACGACGUCGUUCAGACCCCAGAUCCCCAGCCUCCAUCGGCACCGUUUCCGUGGAAGCUGCAUCUGCCAGUCUCCGCCGUCUCCUCUGUCUCGGAUUGAUUUUAUUUUAGUUAUGGCAACUGCAACAUACCCACCGCCCCCACCAUAUUAUAGGCUCUACAAAGAUUACUUGGAGGACCCUAAGUCUGCUCCAGAGCCUCCUCCUCCCAUAGAAGGGACCUACGUUUGUUUUGGGGGCACCUACACUACUAGUGAUGUUUUGCCAAGCUUGGAAGAACAAGGGGUGCGCCAACUCUAUCCAAAGGGGGCUAAUGUUGAUUACAAGAAGGAGCUGAGAUCACUGAAUGGGGAAUUGCAGCUACACAUUUUGGAGCUUGCAGAUAUUCUUAUUGAGAGACCAUCACAGUAUGCAAGGAGAGUUGAAGAGAUUUCGACUGUAUUCAAAAACUUACAUCACCUUUUAAAUUCCUUGCGACCUCAUCAGGCAAGAGCAACAUUAAUUCACAUUUUGGAACUUCAGAUUGAGCGUCGUAAAGAAGCAGUGGAGGACAUAAAGAAGAGAAGAGAAGAGGCACGAAGACUACUUAACGAGUCCCUAGCAACACUUGAUGACCAAUAGGACCUUUUUCUGCAUUGAAUCAAGUUAGCAAAGCUGAUCCCUAUAUGAGAAAUUAAUGUAUUUAUAACUUUAUAGAUUUUCUGCUUUAUACAUGUGGUCUAGAAUUGAACGCUAUGCUUGUGAUGUUAAAUCUAUUUCUGGUGUUGCCUCGAAAAUUUUCGGUUACGUUUGUUUAA